UGGCGCGGUGAGGGAGCGGGGGUGGGGAUCGGUCCCGGGGAGGCCUGGGGCCGCUGGCUUGUGCGCCGUCUCGGCCGCCCCCCCUUUCGCCGCCGCCGCCGCCGCCGCCGCCCCGGGCAUGUCGUCCAACUGCACCAGCACCACGGCGGUGGCGGUGGCGCCGCUCAGCGCCAGCAAGACCAAGACCAAGAAGAAGCAUUUCGUGUGCCAGAAAGUGAAGCUAUUCCGGGCCAGCGAGCCGAUCCUCAGCGUCCUGAUGUGGGGGGUGAACCACACGAUCAAUGAGCUGAGCAAUGUCCCUGUGCCUGUCAUGCUAAUGCCAGAUGACUUCAAAGCAUACAGCAAGAUCAAGGUGGACAAUCAUCUCUUCAAUAAGGAGAACCUCCCCAGCCGCUUCAAGUUUAAGGAGUACUGCCCCAUGGUGUUCCGGAAUCUCCGGGAGAGGUUUGGGAUUGAUGAUCAGGAUUACCAGAACUCAGUGACGCGCAGUGCCCCCAUCAACAGCGACAGCCAGGGCCGCUGUGGCACACGCUUCCUCACCACCUAUGACCGGCGCUUUGUCAUCAAGACCGUGUCAAGUGAGGAUGUGGCCGAGAUGCACAACAUCUUAAAGAAAUACCACCAGUUCAUAGUGGAGUGUCACGGCAACACCCUUCUGCCGCAGUUCCUGGGCAUGUACCGCUUGACCGUGGACGGCGUGGAGACGUACAUGGUGGUCACCAGGAAUGUGUUCAGCCACCGGCUCACUGUUCACCGCAAGUACGACCUCAAGGGCUCUACUGUCGCCAGAGAAGCCAGUGACAAGGAGAAGGCCAAGGACUUGCCAACAUUCAAAGACAACGACUUCCUCAACGAAGGGCAGAAGCUGCAUGUGGGAGAGGAAAGUAAAAAGAACUUCCUGGAAAAACUGAGGCGGGACGUAGAGUUCCUGGCCCAGCUGAAGAUCAUGGACUACAGCCUGCUGGUGGGCAUCCACGACGUGGACCGGGCGGAGCAGGAGGAGAUGGAGGUGGAGGAGCGCGCUGAGGACGAGGAGUGCGAGAACGACGGGCUGGGAGGCAACCUGCUCUGCUCCUACGGCACACCUCCCGACAGCCCGGGCAACCUGCUCAGCUUCCCCCGCUUCUUUGGCCCCGGGGAGUUCGACCCCUCUGUUGACGUCUAUGCCAUGAAAAGCCAUGAAAGUGCCCCCAAGAAGGAGGUCUAUUUCAUGGCCAUCAUCGAUAUCCUCACGCCGUACGACGCGAAGAAGAAAGCCGCCCAUGCUGCCAAGACGGUGAAGCACGGGGCAGGGGCUGAGAUCUCGACUGUGAACCCUGAGCAGUACUCCAAACGCUUCAACGAGUUCAUGUCCAACAUCCUGACGUAGUUACCUUCUACCUUCAGCCAGAGCCAGAGAGCCCGAUGUGGGGUCGGGGUCGGAAAAGGGAGAGGGUAUAUUUGGGCUGGAUGGGAGGGUGGGGAGCAGAGGGGAGGGCUUUGGUGAGGAGCCGGCAGCCCAGGUUGGAGAGACUAGCGGGGGGGGAGGGGAGGUGCUGUGUGCUCACGUACUCACAGGGUGCACCUCACCUUCCGCUCACCCUGGAUUUUCCCCCCAUUUGACCCAGGUUGAAAAGGGGUUUCCUUUUUGUUCCCUUGUAACUUUUUACAAUACCUUGGGGCUAGAAAGGACUUUGUAGGUUUAUGUGGGUUUCGUUUCUGCAAUCUCAUUGCUCCAGGUUUGCUAUUUAUAAUGAUGUAUGUCAUCACCCCAUCACCCUCCCCAUCCCUGCCCUGCUCUGGGCUCCCUUCAAUGAAAGAGGCGCCCCGAGGACCCGGCCGAGGGUCCAAGCGCUCUGAUACCAGAGGAGAGGAAGUCAGACACCUCAGCCCUGCUACAUUGGGUCUUGUCUGGAUUAACUUUUUUAAUUUUAUGGAGUACUGUGUACAACUUCCUCCACCUUUUCACCUCGGAUUCAAGUGAAAUGUUACUGGAUUCCUCCAUGUAAAUGCUGUCCUCCCGAAGGAACGCUCCAGAUCAACAUCAGGCAUCUUGGAUGAGGAGAGAUUGCCCAGGGGCGUGAGUUCAUCCUCACGGGAUGGUUGGGGGUGGGGGUCGAGGCUGGGCACUUGGACAGCUGGUCCUCACAGAACCCCAUGGACAUCACCCAUGCCCCUGGCCCCUGGCCUUGCCACAUCCUGUCUAUAAAGCCUGCCUCCCGCUGGGUCAAGAGGAACUAGGAAGCAUCUUUAUGGAUAGCAGGACCCCCAGACGCUGCAGGGUGUCAAAUGAGGUCUUGUGCCCUCCAUCCAUUUACUUCCUUCUGACCUUGGCCCAGGUGCCCGCCCUUGUACUUGAGCUUUUCGCUGGGGCGCAUCUCCACAUGCUUGGGGCCCUCCUUGCAGAGAUAUGUCUUCAAGCGCCAGGGUCACCGUGUAGAUGAUCUGAUACCUUGUGCCUGUGGUCUGUUCCCUGGACGGUCGUGGCCAGCAGGGUGUGCGCCCCCCCCCACCUUGGAGGGUGGCACCCAAGCCUGAGGUUGCUUCAGAGUCACUUGAGGAGGGGACCCAGGAAAUGCAGCUUGGAGGCUUGAUAUGGGGGGAUCGACCUGGCCCCGGCUUUGGGGCUGUUUUCCUUGAUGCCCCUGUCUCGACCUUUAGCAGACCUGCCACCCCCUGGGCUCCCCCAGGGGUGGCAUCCUGCACCUUUCUUCAGGGCCUCCACCCAGCUGCUGAGCGACCCAGGUCUCAGAACUGAGCCACGUGCCCUCCUGUGACACCACCAGAGCAGUCUGGUCUGGCUAGGAAGGAAACAGCCCUGUGUUGGGGGAGGUACAUUUCUGCAUCUUCUCACCCCCUUACCAGGAACUGGGGAUUUAGGUUGAGAUAUGGUAAAACUUGUAGAUAACCCCACAGAUGCGAAGGAAGUUUAUAGAAACAUUGGAACGAAUGGAUUGGUUUCCUGUGGCUCCCUCCAAGCCUGGCCGAGCUCAGCUUCUGAAGCAGGAACCAGCACCAUCUCUGGGCCCUACCCGCAGCUUUUAGGUCAGGGAGGAAUGGAGGCAGCAUUCUUGGACCCCGCGGGGACUGCUGGAACCAUUCUGGAAGAGGCAAACAGGUCAAACAACCGCCCUGGCUCCAGAAAGCGGUCGCAGGUAGCUCCGAACUGCAGCGGCAAGACCAAGUGACUUGGGGAAGAACUUGGAACCAAGAGGCUCAUGGAGAAAAUCGAUCUGACUUGGGAAGGGAUUACGUAGGAAUAAUGUUUGGACUUGAUUUCCCCACCUCCUAAUCAAGAAUGAAAAUUCAGAUCUGCCCCUCAAGAGGCCCAGCAUCUUCUGAGCUUGGUGGGCUGUGCUCCCGUCGCCACCCCAGCCUCGGGCUCCCGCCGGCUUCCUGCAUUUGGGCUGCUGAUCCUGUUGCCAUCGUGUGUAUGAAAAGUGUAACACAAUCCAUCAGUUAAAGAUGAGCUACCAGGUAUCUAACUUCUUUAACAUUGAGUUUUUGUGUUUUUAUAGGUUUUUCUUUCUUUUUUUUUUUUUUGGUAUAUUGUUUACAUUUUGAGAGUAGCGUUCUGUUUCAAAUGCUCUUUUUGUUUUUCUGACAGUAUUGUUGUUUGGGUCAAAACAUUUGAACUGUGGUUGGGUGGAUUUUAGAUUUUUUUUUUAAAAGGUCAUUCUCUGUGCUAUCUUCAAAACCUUGGGUUUAGCCCUCUAAUUCCUUUGGCAUUCGAAUGUUCAAAAGCUGUUUAUCUUGGUUUAUACCAGUUUUCUUUCUCUUUUUGUAAUGAGGCAAGUAUAUUUGGUUUGUGGUCUGAACGUGGAGAAAGUGGACUGACCCCCCAGCUCAUGUCUGCCCCCAUUCCUUUCUCCGAGCCCCCCUGUUCCCUCUCUGGGUUGUAGAAGGCGUCCAAAGGCCAGGGACUAGCCUCAGCCUCCCUCUCCGGAGCCCGGGAGAAAAGCUCCGAGAGUCUGACAGCACCCCAGAAUAAUUUGGGGUCUCCCAAGAACAAGGGUGUAAGAGUAGAACGUGACUGACGGGGUGAGGCCUAGAGGGGGAGCCUGUGCAGGAUUGCUCGCCCUUCCCCGGCUCCACCGCCUCGCCGGUCCAGCUUCUCCCGCCCUGAAGCCUGUGGCUGAGAAACCAGUCUCCCAGGCCUCGCAGCCCAAGCGAGGGUUCUCCGAGAACGCCACUGAGACACUAGAGGAAGUCCUCUGGCCCUUGUUCUUUUGAGUGAGCCACGGAGUGUGCCCUCCCCCCCCACUGCAGGCUCCUUCCCUGUGCCCUGCGGUGUGGGGGCCCCGGGCAGAAGCCAGCAGUUCCGGGAGCGGACUGAGCCGGUGCUCCCCCUCUCCUUACCUAGCUCAGGGGUUACUGGUCUGGGGCAGGUGCCGUGAGUCGCCCCUGGGGCUGGUCUCAGUGGCACCCCCUAAGUUCCCACCACAGGCAGCUCUCCCUCCCUCUCCCUCCUUGUUUCUCUUGCCUGUGCUUUAGGCCUCAAACAGGGCCCCUGGUCGUGCUCAGGGCUGGGGACUACAGACUCCUGACCUACCGACGUUCCACUCUUCAGUCCGCCAGGGCCUGCCCUGGGGAGGUGGACCAAAGACCCAGGACUUUUCUCAGCAGCCAGUCCCACCCUCCCAGUUGUCUUUUUACCAGUUCAAGUGGGGAGGGAAGGAACUUUGGCACUCCCUGGCAUUUGAGCUACUCGAGUGUCGGGGGCCAGAAGGGACUGUGUAACAGCUCUGGCCUUAGAACUGUGGCUCCCCCAAGUCUAGGGACCCCACUUCUUUCUGGCAGAAAUGGCGGUGGGAGGGUCCAGCCUGAGCACAGGAAUCCCAGGGAAAACCCAGUUGAACAACUGCCCCCGAAUCUACCAGCCAUCUGCAGGGGGCAGGGACACAGCCCACCUUCCCUCGGAGACAUGCCACGUAUGAAGAGCACUUCUAACGGGAAGAGGAGACUCAGCUGUCCCCAGCGGGUUGUGCUGAGAUCCUUGGGAGGCUGGGGAGGAAACUUCCAGAGGAGCCCCCUCCCCUGCUCAGAGCUGUUUUGUGAGUUGUGAACCAGCAGUCUUUUGGGGGGAGGGGCGAGCUGCUUGGCACACCCGGACAUCAGGUCAGAUCAUUGUCAUCAAAAAAUGUGAAUGAAGCUUAGAUUCACCUCGUGGGGUAGUGGGACACACUGGCACCCAUCAUAUGGACGUGACUUCUCGGUUUCUCACUGCGACCUCCAUUUUUUUAAAUAGGAAUUUUCAACCCCUUGUGCUUGUCUAAUGUCUGCUCAGAACAGUUCAAGACCCUGUUACUGUUUUAAAAUGCAUGCAUGUUAAGAUGAAUCUCCAACCCAAGGAACAAAUAAAACUCAAAAAGCUUUGUGUA